CCUGCAGAGCUUACUUAGAUGACUUGGUUUAUAUACAAUUCACUCUACAUCUGAUUUUAUUGCGAUUGCUUUUUGUUCCUUGAUUUUUCCAGAAAAGCGACAUCUUCAGGAUGGCACCAAUACUACUAGAUAACAUUACUCCAGAAAGAGGUGAAUAUAUUGAACAUGAGGAGGUGCAUGUGAAGAACCCACAUCUGCACUCAAUGGAAGAAGACAUCCUGUACCAUUUCAAUUUGAGCACGAAAACACAUAACCUGCCAGAAAUGUUUGGUGACAUAAAGUUUGUCUGUACCGGUGGCAGCGCCAACAGAAUGAAGGCUUUUGCAGAAUUCAUGCAGAAAGAACUUGGAUUAGAUGGAGAAAAUGGUGUUGAGGACAUUUGUGCUGGAACUGACAGAUACUCAAUGUAUAAAACAGGACCAGUGCUCUCAAUAAGUCAUGGCAUGGGUGUUCCUUCCAUCUCAAUAAUGCUGCAUGAACUGAUAAAACUUCUGCACCAUGCCAGAUGCCGUGAUGUUGUACUCAUUCGAAUUGGCACCUCUGGUGGUAUAGGUCUUGAACCAGGCACAGUGGUGAUAACAGACACUGCAGUGGACUCCUUUUUUCAGCCACACUUUGAGCAGGUGGUACUAGGCAAAGUCAUUGUGAGAAGUACUGAGCUGGAUAAAAGUUUAGCUCAGGAGUUGCAACAGUGUGGCAGAGAGAUUCCAAACCUUUGUACCGUCAUUGGCAAAACCAUGUGUACCUAUGACUUCUAUGAAGGUCAGGGUCGUCUAGACGGAGCUUUAUGCUCUUUCUCUACGGAGGAGAAGUUGGAGUACCUGAGAAGAGCAAAGGAGGCUGGCGUUACCAACAUUGAAAUGGAGUCCACCGUCUUUGCAGCAAUGUGCCGGGUCUGUGGUUUAAAAGCUGCCGUUGUGUGUGUCACAUUACUGGAUCGGUUUAAAGGCGACCAGAUCACUGCUUCACAUGAACUUCUACAGGAAUAUCAACUUCGUCCCCAGUAUUUGGUAUCCCACUUCAUAAAGAAGCGCCUGCAGCUACUCUAAUAUGAGCCUCUCCAGAAUAACCAUUGUGUUUGAGUCCAUUUGCAUGUAAAUAAAUGUUUAUAGUGUAUAUUUUGUAGACCUUGAAACAGUGAUGUAUCAUUAGAAUUGUGCUGUACAGCUUGUGUGACUAAUGUGCGUAAAUAUUCUGAUCUGUCAUAGGUAAGUAGAAAGAUGAAGAAAUGAUAGUUAAAAUAUUUAACUUUAAUUUGCUAGAAAUUGGCUUUUUUAACAGGAGUCACACCAAUUGUAUAAAUCCCAGAAGUUCCCUGUUUUGCCAAUUAGAAAUGAAUAAGUGGAAAUUUUAAAACUUAUUGCAUUUGAAAACUAACUGUAGGAGUGAUGUUGUACUUUCAAUUUCCAUAUUGUGACGUUGUUACUCGUAUUGACCUGUUCAUAAAUAUGCUUACAUUUCAAAAAACAGCUCACCUUCUUGUAAGACAUGCGUUUUAAAAAUGAAACAAAUAAUUAUCAUCAGAGUUACAGUUUGGGAGGCCCCUAAAAACUGAAAUGUCUGCACCUGGACUCUCUGGAACUGUCCAUUUACUGCACCAUAACCCAGGAGCAUGAUGGAACAUUUAAUGUGUGUUGUGUUCUGGGUAAUAGACGCUGUUUUUAUAGCCUCAUGUCUGUCGGGUGAAGCUGUUUGCCUAUUGCCUUGUGGUCUGUGUAUUUGUGUGUUGAAUUGACACUUUGACACCGGUACCGUUAUUAAAAUGAAAAAGCUUUUCUUAAGUGUAGCAUUUGAAGAGGCGUACUGAACAUUUUACCCACAUUUCUACAUCACUAUGCAGUAAAACAGUGUCGGUGCAUUCUAAGGUCACAGAUUGUUUAAAUUAAAUUAAUAUUUACUCACAUUGAUGCUAUCAAAAACUAAACAGAAUGUUACAUUAACUGAACAAGAGCUAAGUCUUGAGAUCCCUUUGAUCCAUUGUCUAAAUCCAUUUAAUCCAAAUAUUAGCUCAAGGGCAACUGCAGCUGCCCUCACACCAUUAAGUGCAAGGCACUCAACCUUUAGUGGGCUGCCAGCUCAUCACAGGGCCAGAGAUUUUCCAAUCAUUUUCAUUUUAUGCCUUUUCAAAAGUAGGGUGGCCCAGUGGUAAGCCAGCAUCCUGGGUUUGAGUCCCAUUUAUGGCCAAAUAUGUGAGUGUUGGGCCAUAGCACAGACCACUGUGCCAACACGAUGCUCCAUUAGCAUGCGAUACAGUUCUUAAACCUUCUUAAUCCAAUUCAAAAUCACAGGGGACAGGAGCCCACAAGCACUGAGCACAACGCAGGGAACAGCCCUGGACAGGUAGCAGUCCAUCCGAGGGCCCACUCACACACCCAGCCACAUUAGGGCCAACUCAGAGUCACCAGUUAACCUAAUCUGAAGGUCUAUGGGAAUGUGGGAGGAAACCCUCCCCUGGACAUGGGGAGAACAUGCAAACUGCACACAGAGUGGCAUGAAUCUGAAGGCUAGCAAGCUGGCACAAUAGUUCUAGAUUAUUAUCCUACAGUGGCGGUGUGAUGGUGCUGCUGCCUCGCAGUAAGCAGACCAAGGUUUGCAUUCUGUGUAGUUUGGUUGUUCUCCCUACAUCUGUCCAGGGAUGUGCAGCUUUGGUGAAUUGGCAGGUGCUAAUCUUGCGCUGAUGUGUGUUUGGUGUGUGUGUGUGUGUUCGCCCUGCAAUGGACUGGCAUGAUGUCCAAGGUGUGCUCCUGCCUUGUGCAUUAUGCUAGCUGGGACUGGGGUUCUACAAACACACACAUUGUCUGACAGCUCUCCACUUUCGUCACUGAUAACAUAUGAUGUUGAUCUGAAAGGGAAAGUCGCUCAUAUGGACAUCUGUGUGAUCUUUCAAUGGUAUCAUUUAGAAGUCUCUCAAUACUUCCACACGCUUUGAAACCACUUCUGUUUUUUUUGUCAAGGGCCUUGUGUCUCACUCAGUCAAAGAAACCUUCACAUAUGAUGUACCACCAUUCGACUCAUCUUGAUGUCUAGUUAUGUCAAGAUGACGAUAUUUCUAUGGUCCCCCAUAUUGUUUGGCCCUGUAGACUCAAAACAAACAUCAGUAUAAGGCCAUUUUGUACCAUAUUUGGGAAAUGAAUCCCACGUGAUAAAGAGUCAACCAAUAGGUGUCUUCAGCAAAAUUGAUCAGAAGGACCUGAAGUUAUGCAUACCACAUCAAGGGACCCCUGGGGAUAUGAGGGGUCAAAGUUACUCCUUUUUACAAAAGUUUAAACAGUAAUAUUGGUGGUUGAAGUGUUGUUCAAGGUUAGUGAUUGCAAAUACAGUAAUAUGUUUGAUAUUUGAUUGUUUACCAGUGGUCCUAACCCUUAAAGAGCCACUUCAGAAAGCUAAAAAUGACAUUUAUAUUACAAUCGAGAAUAUUUAGACUUUUAACACAUUCAAAUUGAAGAGCACCUUUUAAUGCUUCAAAUACUCGACGACACUUUUCUUGCUUAUUAUUGUACUUCUACCUCAUCAAGUCAAUCAAUGCAUUUCUAACGAAUACCCCGAAUGAGGGCGGCUGUCGCUAAUUCAGGUGUUUUUUUUUUUCAUUUCAAUUUAUACACACACUGCCUUCUUCUAAGAGCGCUUACAUGGAUUUACAACAGAGCUCCUCCAGCCAUUAUAUUAAAACAGUCAGUCAUUCUCUAACCCGCUGUGUCCUAACUACAGGGUCAUGGGGGGUCUGCUGGAGCCAAUCCCAGCUAACACAGGGCGCUAGGCAGGAACUAACUCCGGGCACCAGCCCACCGCAGAUUUUUAAGUAGUUUUAUUUUGAGCAGCAGCUUUAUGUAUAGUAAGAAAAAAAAAAAACAGCAGAUAUUGCAUUAAAUGUUCAUUUGCUGAGGUCCUAACAACUAUAAAGUCAAAUCUUGUAUUUAGACAUAAGUUGUUAAUUACUCAAUGAAUAAAUGAAAUAAUGGCACAUCAUCCAAUUUUUCAUGAAAUUCAAAAAAGAGUUGGGUCUGUAAAUAAUUACUUGAUGUCAGCUUUAACAUUCAUAAAAUA